AUGAAGUACCUUAUCCUUCUUCUCGCUUUUGUCUUUAUCGCUGAAGCUUACAAAUCGUCGAACCCAUUGAAGACAAAGAAGUACAAGUGCGUCGAGGUUGCCGAUGACGAAGAGAUCCAAAUUGUAAAGAAAAAGAAGUUCCUAACCUCGAAGUAUCCAUGGAAGGCGGAAGAGGAGAAGGCAGCCAGAAAAUCGGAGGCAAUGAUAUCCGCCGAGACCAUUGAGAUGCCAAUGGCCAGAAAGGUUCUCACGAAAAAGAUUCUUGCUGCCACAACUCCAGCAACGGUAUCAGAUGUUCAACGCGAUUCCAAGGGAAGACCUUUGAUCCUUUCGCCACAGCAUUGCAAGCAGAUCGAACACUAUUCAAAGACCUAUGGAGUGAAGGAUGUUCUCGGAUGGGUUCAGAGCAACUGCGCAUUUGCAAAAAUGUAUGUUCCAGGAGCAACCUGCGAAGAAAUCAACAUUCUUGUUGCUUCGUGCUAUAAAAAGAACUAA